AUGCCUGGCUCCACUAUCGAAUCCUUCAAGGAUGCCAAAGUCCGAAAGAUCGUCGAGUAUGCAGUCGACCUCGAUAACCGCGAAGUCGCCCUCAUAGUCUUCAAGAUCCUAGACGAGAUGAAGCAAUUUUGGACCGUCCAAUGGGUUGGUUACUCUAUGAAGGAGAUAACUGAGGUUCUGAAACAUGAAAUCGCCUAUAAGCCCGGCUUCGGUGAUGUGAUCGUAAAGUGGCGACGGAGCUUGACGCAGAUGGAGUUGGUCAAAGUAGAGGAUUUCCCUCUAGGAGUUGACUACAACAGAAGAUUGCCAGCUUGGAUUGGGCAGCCGCCCGAGGUGGAAUGUGACAUCGACAUGGAGGCUUUUGAGAAUGGCGACUUUUGA